GCAUCCCAGCCGGUCCAACUUCCCAAUAGGGCAAUUCCCCAACUAGCGCGACUCUUCCCCGUCCAGUUCCCCAAAGAGCACGAUAAACGCGAGCGACAAACGGAUAAUCACGGAAGGGUUUGAGAAGCUGCGGUCGAUCUCGAUAAUCCCAACAGAAGAAUUUGUGAGCGAGACAGAAUAGACCAAGUCCGCCAAGUCGUCUUCUAUUGUUAUCGCGUUUCUACCAUUCCCUUUCCACCGUCUCUCGCCUGUUUGGCAUCCGGCACCUAUACCCCAGCAGAUCCUGCCGUAAACUCCUACGGCACUUGACGCGUGACUGGCUUGGCUCAUCGUUUGCUGUCAACAUCGGACGCUAUCGCCCUUCACGUCAGAUACCAGAGAGCGAGAUACCCCUCACUUCGCCCCCGAACGCACUCUUUCCAACACCACCGAGGCCUGGAAGAUUAGAAAAGAGGUCUGUAGAUCAGGUCCGGAUCAGACAGCUGGUACGUACUUCCAGGGUGUAACUGUUCGAGUAGUUUGAAUCCGGGAUGGCAGGUGUCCCGUCGGGGGGCUUCAAGGGGUUUGGACGUUUCAUGUCGACAGAGUCGCACGAGGCUCAGUCGUUGUUGGCGUGAAACACCGAGCCAGAUUAUAGCCCCUCUUCAGUGUUGACAUUGUCUUGUUGGACUGCUGGCUGACUCCUCGUGGUGUCGAAGAUCCUUCACUGCACUCGAGACCGAUCAAAGGGACGCGCCCACACGCGACUGUCUGCGGUGCCAAAAGUUUGGCCCCUUUCGUCUCCUCAACGGCUAUACUUUCACCAUCCCCAUACUCGCCAUUGGUGUUUUCGAGCAGGGCCACUCCUGCCCUCAUCUACGAUAGUGUUUGUCACAGACUCGCGACUCUUUCCUUAUUCUCUGCCUCCAUUUGAAGUAUUACCCUGGCCCCUUUUACCCCAAUCGCGUCAACCUUUUCGCCAAGGCAGCUCCAUUCGAACGCGCAGCCUCUCCUCGUGAGGUGUAUUCUACGCACAUCAGCUACAGGCGUCUUGGAUCCCGUCAUCUAGCGGGCCCAUCAGUCUACUGGGAAUUCUACACAUCACCUAUCGUGGACGGUGCUCCAGCAGUCACCGACGCCCGAACCGGUGACCGUUCCAUUAGCGAAUACAGAUACCCAAAGUGAGAAGAAGAGACGAACAAGUAUCGGACUGCCUCCUUGAUUUGCGACAGGCCCAAGAUCAAAGGGAGGUACCCCUUCAACUAUUAUCCUCAAAGCUAGACAGGAACGCUGGCAAGUCAUCCGGCGAUCUGGAUAGACGGACGGACGAGCACAUUUGUCACAUCUGUGAAGCGAAACUUGUGCGCAUACACAUGUCUGGCUACCUCCAUCCUAUCUACAGCACAUCAUUCACAUACGAUACUCGAAACCGCCUCCACUCCUUACAACACUACUGAGAACAUGUCCACCUUGUACACAGCUCGGGAAACCCCUUCGCCUAUCAAGAUAGAGCCUUCCUCCGCGACGUCUUCGGCGCGGAAAAGAAAGAGAAGCGAGAUAGGUCAGAAGGAUUCGCCAGGUGUUGAAUCUCCCUCGAGAGGCUGGGAAGCUAUUGCGGGGGGAUUGGGUCGCGACGGCUGGACGUAUCACCUCGAGAUUGUACAAGAGCCCUUGCGGGCCAGAGCUUGUGGAUUCGGUAACAAGGAUCGUCGUCCAUUGACCCCUCCGCCCAUCAUCCGAUUAUGGAUACGCACAGCAACGGGUGAAAUCGUUGAUCCCAAUGUCGUCAACCCAAACACUCUUAUCCUCCAGAUGGACCUCGUCUCUGUGGACGGCCAAGAAGAGCGAAAUGUUGUAAAGCAUCCUAUAGGAAGCGCGUCUACCGCUACAAUUUCGAAACCUGUCAGCUCUUCUGCGGUGGUUAACCAGCCGUGGACGGGAACGUCUGAUACAUCUGGGGUGAUCACGGAAUCCCCGCGACAGUCUUUGAGUGAACAUCCCGGAUACAGGCAAAGGUCUUGGGCGGACUCUUAUGCUUCCGACCCUGGGUUCCCUAGGUGGGCCGAGCCUACUCAAGCUUACGCCCCCUAUCCCUAUGCACCACCCCAUUCUGGAGAAUGGUCGCCAAACCCGCGCAGCUGGCAGGCGGCGAACGAAGGGCGUCGUCCUCGGCAGCUCCCCUCUCCUCCUCGCCCGGCCACCGCCCCAACUCACGAACAAGCUCCGCCACCGUUGCCAAGCGCCUCACACAGGCACUCGGCGGGCCAGACUUUGCCCCCGCUCUCAUACAUUACUGAGAGCCCCAGGGGAUCGACGCACAACGCCAGUCUCCCAUCCAUCUACCCUCAAUACGCCUCCUACUCUCGUCCUACAUCGAGUCGUUCUUCUUGGGAUCGCGCGCAUACAUCUCAAUCUCCUGGCGAGUUUGCGUCGGCACCCGCAGACUAUACCAUGGCGAGGCCAAGUACGGCAAGCUCCAUCAGCAGCUUCUACCACCCGGACGCGGCGUACAGGGACCGGGCUCAUUCGGGUCCAUGGCCCGAUGACACUCGGCCUCCGUCAAUGUCUUACACAAGCGACCACAGGCCUUCAGCGUCUUCGUUGGACGAUUCCAUCGUAUCACCGCGAUCUGUGUCUCGGCACCAAUUCUCCAGCUCUAGCGAGUACAGCUCGUACAGCCCCCAGGCGUACUCGCACACCUUUGACCCUGUGAGAGGAAUAUACCCGUCCGGCUCUUUUAGCGCGGACCAUUAUCUGACGCAGCCCAACUCCAUAUCGACUCUUGUACUUGUGGGUAAGCGACACACUCCCUGCAACAAGCUUCAGGAUGAGCAUGGGCAGCUGGGUUUGUUCUUUUUCGCGACAGACUUGGGAGUGAGGACCGAGGGGAAAUUCAGGUUGCGGAUGAAGGUCAUGGAUCUGGCUUUGUUUUCGCCUGUGCCCAUACAAGGGGAACACAUUCCCAUACUGGCCGACACAUUCAGCGAACCCAUCGAGGUCUUCUCCGCCAAGCGUUUCCCUGGCGUGAUUCCUACCACCGACCUGACCCGAGUAUUUGCUUCGCAGGGGAUCAAGUUGGCUGUGCGUGAGAACCACAAACAAGGCGGGCGCAAGAAGAAGGGAAAGGGAGACGAGGGAGAUGGGGAUGAUGACAAUGAGGACGAGGAGGAUGAUCAGUGACGGACGUUAUAUAAGCUGGACUAUAUAUCAUGGAGUUUCCUGGGUUUUCAGCGCGCAGCACAUGAAUGCACAACAUCAGUACUUUG